AUGAAUCUUCUUCAUGAUCAUCAAGUGAUGGUUUCAAUCGUUCAACCUCCGAUUUUAUGCAACGAUGAAAAGAAGAAUUGUAAAUUUCUGAGCGAGGAUGAAUUGAACCAAUUAAUGAUUGCAUAUUGCGAGCGAUUGAUGAACGGAGUGGAUGGUAUGAGCAAAUUUAUAAAACAUCUCUCGGAAGAAACUAUGAAACCCAAUUGUUAUCGUGUUGAGGAUCAUGAUGGUAUUCACAGUGAAAUAAUUGAUGACAUGAAUGCUUUCGGAUUGGAUGACCUGUGGACUUUUUCAAUGAAUGAUAAUUCUGAUAGCGAGCCUGGCAUGUUGAACUCGUUAACUGAGCUGAGCGAUGAAAUUCUUCAAUUAAUUUUUCAAUUUGUGGAUAAUCGCACGCUUUUAUCAAUCAUGUUGAGUUGUUCCAUGCUGUAUGAAAUUGUGUCGCAGCCUCAACUUUGGAAAGACAAGUGUGAAAAUGAAGGACUGCUAUUGUACAACUAUUAUUUCAAAAAAAACACGAAUAGCAGUUCUUUCCAACAGGUCGACAUUUUCAAAAAAUUCUACACAAAUGUCAUCGCUAAGAAGACAGUAUUCGACGUGAAACAUUCGAAUGGGAAGUUUUUGACAUUUAAUCUAGCUUAUACUUCUAGUUUGACGUGUUUUUCACAUUUUGGUGUCAUUUAUAUUGACCCUUCUUUGUAUUUUGAAUUUAAUGUUUCCAAUGAUCAUUAUUCAUCACAACCCUCAUUAUUACCUCUCCUUGCUGACACUCUUUUCAAAUGUUACAAUGCAGGAUUGAAAAUGCUAUGGUUUCUAAUAGAUUUUGGUUCAUUACACGAUGAUGAACUUAAAAUCAAUCUUGUCAAGGAAGUAUUACACAACUCCUUACAAGUUGAAGUACAACGACUUUAUAAUCAGACAGGAUAUUUAGGUUCUCCAACGAUACUAGGCUCUAACACACGAACACUUCAGGGCAUUAUUGACCAUGACGAUGGAGGUACUAAUUUACUAACACACAUCCUUACAGAAAUUUCCAAACUUUCAAAUCUUACUCGAUCGAUUCGAAUGCAAAAUUACAAGAGAUCAAAACAAAAAACUGUCAAGAUUGUCAAUCAUUGGUCACCGUAUACAAAGUUGCCACCCAAGCAAUUAGAACUGAUUGAUCAUUAA